AUUUGUUAAUGUAAAUAUUGCAAAUGUUGAUAAUCGGAAUACAGAACAAUCGUUUGUUGUUUCUGAUAAAAAUAUAGGUUACUGUUUACAUCUGAAGUAUCUAAGCUUUCUCCGGCUUCGUAUAACUCCGAUGUAGUAGACGAGUGUUUGCUUUACUCGUAGUGUAUACGUGUCCUGUAAAUUGUCCAUACACGGGUCAUCGCCUUCAGAUUUAAUUAAAAACCAUCCAUAAGAUCCAGCCAGACAACAGCAACAGCAAGAGCAAGAUUGAAAGAUGGACGAGAGCGGCACGAUUCCCGUAUCCUCGCUCCCGAAGGAUGAAAGAUGCGAUCGUUUAAGGACGACCUUUGCCGCCCACUACGGACGCGAACCUGACUUUUACGUCCGAGUACCUGGCAGGGUAAAUCUCAUAGGAGAGCACAUCGAUUAUUGCGGAUACGGGGUAUGCCCCAUGGCUCUGAAUCAGGAUAUUAAAUUGGCCGUGGCAGAGGAUAACGAACCCACUUUAAACUUAACGAAUUUAGAGGAGGGAUUCGCAAAUUACCGUCAUCCCAUUUCUGAUAUCAAGAUUGAAGUAUCUGAAGGAGCGCCGGAAUGGUAUCAAUACUUCCUUUGUGGCGUGCGCGGUAUUCUGGAUAUCCUCCCGAAGGAUACAGAAUUGAAAGGAUUUCAGGUGAUGGUCAGUGGGACCGUUCCCAGAAGCGCUGGGCUAUCCAGCAGCAGUGCUUUAGUGAGCGCUGCCGCUCUGGCAACGGCUCGAGCACAUAAAUUCGAUUUGACGAAGGAGAAAAUUGCUAGUGUCUGUGCCGAGUGCGAACGGUAUAUUGGUACUCAAGGUGGAGGGAUGGAUCAGGCCAUUGCUUUCCUGGCAACCAAGG